AUGCAUUUCUCUAGCCAACUUACUUUGAAAAUGAGAUGGAACGAUCCUGAUUUUGUGUGGAACAAGACAGUCCACAACUUUACAGUUCUGGUUCUUCCAGCCAGUAAGAUCUGGACCCCUGACCUCACCGUGGACAAUGCAGUGGCCGUAAAAACUAAGCCCACCUUCAGUGACGUGGUGGUGGAGUACAAUGGAAAUGUUGAAUAUACCAUCAAUAUGUACAUCACAGUAAAAUGCAACAUCAAUCUCUUCAAUUAUCCCUUCAUCACUGACUUCUGCCCUGUGGCCCUAAACGGCUGGACAAACAAGGACGGAUGUGGCAUGCAUCUAAAUUUUCGUGACAGAAACCUGAACUGGGCUAAUGGAAGCGCUGGAGAGUGGGUUACCCAGGGUGUGAUUCUUACUGGUUCCGGCUUCCGCAACUACCUCAAUGUAGAGCUGAGCAUCAGCCCGUUUAACCCUGUGGUGGGCCUGCUCUUGCCCAGCUUGCUCAUCAUCCUGGCUGACAUCAUGAGCUGCAUGCUGCCACUCGGGGGCGGCGAGCGGAACAGCUUUAAGGUCACGCUGGUGCUCAGCUUCACCAUGUUCCUCAACCUGCUAACGGAGCAAAUCCCUGACAAUGGCGACUGCAGUCCCUUGAUCAGGUACCAUUUCCUCAUCUGCCUCCUCCUUCUGGUACUGAGCAUGCUCAGUUCUCUGGCCCUCUCUGGCAUGUUGAAGGGCUGCGGCUUCAAAUUCUGCCGAGGUGGAAAGGUUACUGAAGACAACCACGAGUAUCCCCAGAGAAAGAAGGGUGAUGGAGAAGCAACUGGUGGGCCACAGGACAACGACCAUGAGAUGAAGGAUGACUCUCUCCACAGAGUGAUGGGAUUCCUGGAGGGCAGGCAGUGGCAGGAGCGGGAGGAGAGCAAGGCAAAGGCCUAUGCGGAGAAGUUGGACAGAAUAGGCUUCCUGGUUUACAUUUCUGUCUGUGUGCUGUACAUUAUCGGCGUAGUGGCGACAGCUACAGGAGAGUUCUGCGAUUCAAACAACCUUGACUUCUGGAGAGAUGAUGACUAA